AUGUUGUUCCAGCGUGUCUUCAAAAUUUCAUGUAUCUUCUUUCUCACAUUCGUCCUCCUCCAACCAGCAACAAGCCGCUUCCACGCAUACGUUGAUCCCCCAAACUGGCUCGAACCUUCACGCCAAGUCCCCAUACCAUCGCUGGUCAUUGAUACCUUCCAAAACCCGACCCACAAUGACCUGGGAUUUUGGCACGGUCCAGGCGAGGACCUGUCCGUAUACCACGAGCCGGGAUAUGUGCGCCUUAACCCCACGGACCCUGAUCAGAACUUCCACACACAAUUCGACAUCCACGGAUGCUUCAGCUUGAUCCCAUGGCAGAAACAGUUCCUGCAUGUGUUGUUUGAAGGGACAGAAGAGUUCACUAUUUCUUUAAACGAGCACAAUGUUGAAUGUGAGCCGCUGAGGAGCCCAUUUCCCGGUGUGCCGGAUAGCGUGCAGGCUUCGCGAUAUAUUAUGAGGACACAGGUUUGGCCGGGCGAAUUGAAGAAUGCCGCAGAUGGUGAUAUUUCGGGUACGACUCGCAAGCAUAGAAGGUGGAGCAAGAAACCCAUGCACCGGGCGAAUAAUGGGAGUUGCGUGGAGGAUGGCGAUGAAGGCGAUGGGAAUGGAAGCGAUGAAGAUCAAGGACCCGCUUCACCAGACAGAACAGAGCUGUUCAUUCCACUUUCUCAUUUCCGGAUUAACCAUAAUCGUGUUGUGUCGGUCUCUUUCAGUGGAUUCUAUACCAAUGUGCCGCUGGUUCUGCGCCGUGUUGAGUUCGUGUCGACUAUUCCGCCACCUUCGCCGGAGAAUAAUCAUUUCUUUAUGCCUGAGAAGGCACCUACUGGCACGGUCGUGCUGCGCUGUUCUCGGCCGAACUCAUUUGCGUUUGGGAUCGACGAUGGCCAUCCUCAGUACGCGCAGAAGGUUAUGCAGAUUCUUGAUGAGGAGGAUGUUCGGGCGACUUUCUUCGUUGUUGGUGCUGGCUUGACAGAUUCAACGACCAACUUUACCAACUUCUAUCGGGAGAUGAUGGGGAAGGGGCACCAGGUUGCUUUGCAUUCUAACACGCAUCCUAAAAUGGAAGCACUGUCAACAAUAGCUGAGAUUGAUGAAGAGAUCGUUCGAACCAUACAGGUAUUCCACGAUGAGCUGAAUCUCCAAUCCCGGUACUUUCGUCCCCCUUUUGGAACCGUCGGCGCACGUAUGCGACAGCAACUUGCCAAACGAAUCCCUGAACCGUUUAUUGUUAACUGGAGCGUCGACGUCGAAGAUUGGCUCUGGGCCAAUACUACCAAACCAGAAAAGCAAUUGGAGGCUUUCUAUCGCAAUGUCGCGCGGGGCGGAAAUCUGGCUGUCCUGCACUUUCUGAACCCUACAACUGUGGAAUAUCUUCCACAAUUCAUCCGACACGUCAAGGCUGUUGGUUUGAAGAUUAUGCGUAUAGAUCAAUGUCUGGAAGACCCCAACAGUCCGCCUCUGUAA